GGAGGAGUGAACCUUUCAGACUGCACUGACGGAGCUGAAACACAGAAACCCGAUUUACAGGUAAGGGUUGACGGCAUUGCAGCAAUGAGUGGAAUUUUAAAGAGGAAGUUUGAAGAAGUUGAUGGCAGCUCACCUUGUUCCUGUGUGUGGGAAUCAGAUGAUGAUGUUUCUAGCAGUGAAAGUGCUGACAGUGGAAGUAAUGUCCAUCCAUCUACAUCUAACCAUUUCACUCGUGCAUGUGACAGCAUCGCAGCAAUGAGUGGAAUUUUAAAGAGGAAGUUUGAAGAAGUUGAUGGCUCCUCACCAUGUUCCUCUGUGCGGGAAUCAGAUGAUGACAUUUCUAGCAGUGAAAGUGCUGACAGUGGUGAUAGUGUCAAUCCAUCCACUUCUAAUCAUUUUACCCCUUCUUCAAUCCUGAAGAGAGAGAAGCGCAAGAGAACAAAAAAUGUCCAUUUUAACUGUGUUACUGUGUAUUACUUCACAAGAAGGCAAGGCUUCACCAGUGUUCCCAGCCAAGGGGGAAGCACACUGGGAAUGUCUACUCGCCACAACAGUGUGCGCCAGUACACGCUUGGAGAGUUUGCGAUGGAACAGGAGAGGCUGCACCGAGAGAUGCUGAGAGAGCAUCUAAGGGAGGAAAAACUAAAUUCUCUAAAACUAAAGAUGACGAAGAAUGGUACGGUGGAAUCUGAAGAAGCUAACACGCUGACACUGGAUGACAUUUCUGAUGAUGACAUUGAUCUAGACAACACAGAAGUAGAUGAGUACUUCUUUCUACAACCUCUGCCGACAAAAAAGCGAAGGGCAUUGCUUCGAGCUUCUGGGGUGAAGAAGAUUGAUGUGGAAGAAAAACAUGAGCUGCGGGCCAUCCGCCUGUCCAGAGAGGAUUGUGGCUGUGACUGCCGUGUGUUCUGUGAUCCAGAGACUUGCACUUGCAGUCUUGCAGGCAUAAAAUGUCAGGUGGAUCGUAUGUCUUUUCCCUGCGGUUGCACCAAAGAAGGGUGUAGCAAUACAGCAGGUAGAAUUGAAUUUAACCCUAUCCGUGUACGAACUCACUUUCUGCACACAAUAAUGAAACUUGAAUUGGAGAAGAACAGAGAGCAGCAAGUUCCAGCACUAAAUGGCUGCCACAACGAGUUAAGUGCUCACACUAGUUCAAUGAGUCCAGGACCCCAUCCAGUUGAAUAUUCAAUUGUGGAGAAUUUUGAGAUUGAAGCUGAACCCCCAGCUGCAGUUCUGCAUUCUCAGUCAGCCGAGGACUUGGACUGCCCAGGGGAAGAGGAGGAAGAAGAAGAUGGGAGUAGCUUUUGUAGUGGAGUUACAGAUUCUAGCACACAGAGUUUAGCCCCUAGCGAAUCAGAUGAUGAUGAAGAAGAAGAGGAAGAUGAAGAGGAAGAUGAUGAAGAAGAAAAAGCAGAUGACUUUGUAGAAAGCAUGGGCUCUCAUGCUGACAUGGUGCCUCUUCCUUCUGUCCUUUGCUACUCUGAUGGAACUGCUGUGCAUGACAACCACUCUAAAAAUGCCUCAUACUAUACUAACUCUUCAAAUCUGUAUUACCAAAUAGAGAACCAAGUUGCUGGCACUGCUAACCAGAUCGGUGAGACUUACUCAGAAAGGGAUGCUGUCAAGAACAGUGGUCUUUCUCUGGUGCCUUACAACAUGACUUCAGAACAGUUUGUUGAAUACACACGGCAAUCAGAGGAAACUUUUAGCAGCCCUCAUUACCCUUCUGCAAACCCCUCAGUGAUUGUUUGCUGCUCAUCUUCUGAAGGAGAUAGCAGUGUUCCAUGUAACAGUUUAUACACUGAGCAUAGGCCCAGUCAUCCUCAAGUGGAAUUUCACUCAUACUUGAAAGGUCCUUCUCCAGAUGGCUUUGUUUCAGCUUUGAAUGGUGACAGUCUUAUACAAGAGCAUCCUGCUGAGAAUUCACUGAGCCUCCCAGAAAAGAGCAGACUGCAUGAAGAGUGCAUCAAAUCACCAGUGGUAGAAACGGUACCUGUUUAA